AGUCAACAACCCAAGAUUUUGCAAGGUGCUUCGAUAUUUCUCAGAUGAGUGUUGGAUUCGAGUUGUCGCACCUGUGCCUUCACUUAAAUGCCAGUCUUGCGUCAAAAGGCACAAGAUGCAACAUAUCUUAUAUCUUGCUGCGGAGUGUGUUGGUCUUCACAAGGAGGGAGACAAGGGAAAGACAACAAAGCCCGAGCUCUGAAAUGGCGUAAAUUCUGAACAGAAGCGUCUUUAGUUUCACCGGCCAAUUUUUAGCCGAAUGUCCGUAUUUUUCUUGUGAAUAUUUUCCACACAUUUCUUUUCCAACGCUGCUUCAACGAAUUCAACCUUCACCCACUUCAACUGAGACAGGCGAUCCCAGUUCAACUGACAAGAUGGCGGUCACUUGUGAAAGCCCAUCGUUGAAUGGUGAACCCAACAAGCGCUUUUUGUGGACAUCGCAGAUGACCGACGUUUUAAUAGACAUUUGGGAGGAGAAUCUCGCGCAUCUGCGUGCCAAGAAACACAAUGGACCCGUUUAUGCUCGCAUCACUGAUCUUUUCAACGCGACUGCCUGCUGUGAAGACAUCGUUACAGUGAAACAGGUGCGCCACAAAAUCGAGAACCUGUCUCAGCUCUACAGAAAAGAGAGCAAGCAUGCACUGGCAACUGGAUCUGCACUGUUGUGGCCCUAUUUCCGCCUACAUUUUCUUGGCAACUUGCCAUCAAAUAGCACCGGCCUGGCAGAAGACAGCCUGCAUAUGGAUGUCGUAAUCGAAGGAGAGGAGUCCGGGGAAGCGAUCGGCCUGUGGGACGAUCUUCCCACGGGGAGGAGCUCUGUUCAGGGAACCAGCGGGGAAGACGACAUCUCCCGCGGCAGCACUCGACGGCCCCCCAGCGUGCCGGAAAAUGAGCUAGCCACGGCAGCGAGGAGUCAGACUCAGCCUCGGCUGCACGGCGAUGUCUUUCAGAGGGGGCCCGGCGAACCUUCAUUUGUUGCGAAACUUCUUGAAAGUGCCUGUGGCAAUGCUGCUUCAACCACUUCAGUGCUUCGACUGAGUGGGACAGGCGAUCCCAGUUCAACUGACAAGACGGUGGCCAUUUGUGAAAGCUCGUCGUUGAAUGGUGAACCCAACAAGCGCUUUUUGUGGACAACGCAGAUGACGGACGUUUUAAUAGACAUUUGGGAGGAGAAUCUCUUGCAACUGCGUGCCAAAAAACACAAUGGACCUGUUUAUGCUCGCAUCACUGAAUUUUUCAACGCUGCUGCCUGCUGUGAAGACAUCGUUACAGUAAAGCAGGUGCGCCACAAAAUCGAGAACCUGUCUCAGCUCUACAGGAAAGAGAGCAAGCACGCACAAGCAACGGGGUCUGCACUGUUGUGGCCCUAUUUUCGACUACACUUUCUCGGCGACUUGCCAUCAAAUAGCUCCAGUGUGGUAGAAGAGAGCCUGCAUAUGGAUGUCAUGAUUGAAGGAGAGGAGGCUGGAGAAGCGGUUGGCUCGUGUGACGAGCCUACCACGGAAAGAAGUUUUGCUCAGAGAAGCGGCGGAGAAGAUGACACGUCCUGUAGCAGCGCUGAACAGCCCCCCAGCAUGCCAGAAAAUCAUCCUGCUACAGAUGCCAGGACCCAGACUACACCUCGGCUGCAUGGUGAAGUCCGUCGGAAAAGGCCCCGAGAAUCUUCAUUUGAGACAGUUGUGAAACUUCUUGAAAGUGAGUUAAGGAGGUCACGUAAGAGGGAAAAGAAAGAAAUCGCACUAGCAAAGAAACGAAUUUGCCUCCAGGAGGAGGCAAAUGAACUGCAAAGGGAAAUGAUUAGCCUGAUGGCUAAUUAUUUUGGAUCAAGAGGUAGACAAAUUGAAAAAUGUGAAACACAACACCCGUAGGGAGAUUUUCGAAUGUGUGUCAUCCUGCUGUCGCGCGGACAUUUCGAUGGUCAUUGAAGUGAAUGAUGAUUCGGCUGAAUGAAGAUUGACAGUUGCUACGCAGCCACUGCGGUGUUCUUUCAAAUGUAUAACGAUUGAACGGAAUGAUGAUUGGCAUCUGCUACAUGGAUAUCUUCAAUUAUCAUUGGCUUGGACGCUCCUCGACUCUAUGAAGGUAACAAAUUGAAAAAUGUGAAACACAACACCCGUAGGGAGAUUUUCGAAUGUGUGUCAUCCUGCUGUCUCGCGGGCAUUUGGAUGAUCAUUGAAAUGAACGAUGAUUAGGCUGAAUGAUGAUUGACAACUGCUACGCAGCCACUGCAGUGUUCUUUCAAAUGUAUAACGAUUGAACGGAAUGAUGAUUGGCAUCUGCUACAUUGAUAUCUUCAAUUAUCAUUAGCUUGGACGCUCCUCGACUCUAUGAAGGUACCUGAAACGUAAUUGAUGCAGUUGUGGGCUCUUUAAAGGGGCACAAAACAGGUUGACGAACAUUCUCUAAUUAUUGUGCUCAAUGAAAGAACAUAGCUCACAAUUUCCAAAUAUAAAAUUCAUUUGCUUCAUUUGUCGCUAUUGCCGCCAGGACAUUGCAGGGCUGGGCAUGAGGGCGAACGAGUGCAGUGAAUAUUCGGUCGUGUUGGAGCCAUUAUUUACUUUUUCACGACGACAAUUUUUUGAAAGCUUUCACCGCGGCAACGCAUCACGAUGCAUUUAAAAAAAAGUACGCCUCAUGUACCUGUUUAUUGCCCCCCUUUAAAAGUGUUGCUGGAAGCCCCAUUUUCCUGUGAAUAGCUAAGCUGAACGAACGCGACGAAUUUGAUGAGAAGUAGUGCAGCUGCAGUAUAAUAUUUUUUACAGCUACGACACGUACGUAGCUGCACUCGCCAAUUUACUCUUCCGUGCUCGAAACACGAUACGGUGUAAACACCAUGCAUGGUCAUACAAAAAUUGUAUUGACCUAAUACAUAUACAACAAACAAUCAUGAUACUAUUAAAAUUCUGGAAGCGUUUCUUCACACACAUUUUCCAUCACUAUGGAAGACUUUUGUCUACAAAAAAUCAUGCAGAUGGGAGAGACGAACGUAGCGCCACCUGACACGUAAUACCCCUGACUCACAGUCGCGCAGAAUCUGGAUCGGCCCGCAGUCCUGGUCGGCGCAGUCCGCGCUUUACGUUCAUGAUUAGGGCCUGACCUUUUGGGGUUAUAUUUUCCAGCAAAAUCGGUGGUAGGUAUCUGGUUAUAUUUUGCUUCAACGAUUCAGGUGUAAUGGGGUUAACUGAACCUGAUUCAACCCAAUUCUCGUUGAAUCGGAAUGAAUCGGGCGUAAAUCUUUGGUUUACUCGGCAUAAUGCAUGACACACCUGUAGACACAAAGCAUCAAUAUUUAGCCCAUGCAUCUAAGGUGCAGCAGGGUCUAUCUGUUUUGACAGUCUGCAUGAGCAUAUUUACGCAUUUACAUCACAGUUUCGAAAGUUCUGCGCUAGUUGCGAUGCGUUUGGAUUCCCCUGGUCCAGCAGUUUUCGGGGAAGUACAUAUAUUGGGUUAAAGCCUGUUUCUUUUUUUGUGUGUGUGUGAUUUGAAUCGGGAGGGGCAUAAUCAUGUAGAACCCUAAAAAGUCCGGCCCUAUUCAUUAUCCAGGUUCUCAUUUUGCAGAGGUUUUCACAAUACCCAGUGAAGCUUCAAACUAAAAAAAAACAUUGGUCCAGGACGCCUACUUGAAACAAAUUCACAUUAAUCAAUUAAUCUAUCUAGUAAGCUAUUUUGGCGUUUGUCCAUGUUGUUCCCUUCGUGUGGACCACUGCAGGCGCAGCCAUCUUAACCAGCCCGGAACCGACAGCCCGAGUAGCGAGAAGGCGAGGGUGAAAGCCGCCAACCCUCUUUGAAGCGUGUAAUGACGUUCAUGAACGGAGGUCAAGUGUUCCAGUUGUCGAUCUCUGUCACAGAGACUCGCUUUGUCCGCACCUGAGGGUGAUCACAAUAGCUGCCAAGUCGCGAUUGCGUGGCAAGUUGUCAGUAGUGCUUGUGAUGGUUUCAGUGAUCAUUGGAAUGUCCAUGUGGCUGAAGAAUAAUUUGGAACGUGUACCACAGCACUACGGCACCAACACCCCCAAUUCACAAAAGACGAUGGUGCUGCGAGAAUGUUAAGCAGAAAGAAAAAAAAAAAAAAAGCCAGUCCUCCUAUGCAGGACAUUGUACCUGACGGUAGAGCCAUCGGUGGAGCCAGAAAAAAUCUCUGGGAGGGGUGUUUUAUGGGAGCUUUACGUUGUGGGGAGGGGGAUCUUAAACCUGUUCUCUCUUUCGCAAAUGCACCACUAAAUGUACGAGCUCAGUUGAACCCCAGAAACCCCCCCUCUGGCUGUGCCAACUUUUCUGUUCCCUUUGGAGGAAGUACUGGAGGUUACGAACACAUCCCUCAAUCACUUUGUGUGUACAGGGAGAGGCGACGUGGAGAGAAAAUGCUGUGAUAGCGCUGUAUUAUACGACCCGAUCAUCUUGUACACCUUAUUUAUUUGUCAUCACUCCAUCGUCACGUGACAUUGCAAUGCAGUUAGGAGAAGAUGUAUGCAUAUACACUUAGAAGGGGCUGUGUGUAUGCCCAGUAGUUUUAAUAUUAAUAAAAUUGUGUUCAUACG